CAGUCAGACUGCCGCGGACCGUCAAGCCGUUGCGUCGGGCCGCUGCGACCUGCGACGCCGGCGUUGAGCGAAGCGUCCAUUUUCCGCGAGGAGGUAGGCCGCAGGCGUCAUCGUUGUUAUCACACUCGUCAUUGUUGUCGUUAUCGUUCUCGAGUGGAAUAAAGUGCGAAAUGUGAUCAAGACACGCCGCGUUCGAGCGUGUCGCGAAUCUGUGCAAUCGAUAGUGCGUAUAAUUGAUUGUUAAUUAAUUACACGAUUAUAUUGAUCUACCUUGAAUUCGAUUAAUAAGUGAGUGAGUGAAUAUUGAAAUUAUCUGACACCGCGAUAGAUUUGAUUAAGAUAUACAGUGAGAGACAUUAUCAUACCAAACAAAAUAAAAUGGUUGUACCGUUAACUUCUCUUUCGUUUUCCAAAUUGCUUGCUGUUCGAGAAUCUAAUUUAUUUAGACUUUAGGCCGUUGCAAAAUCCACAAGACGCAAUGCGCCGUGACAGCGUGACAGCGUGACUCUGCGGCGGCUACGGGUUCAAACGCAUUUCAAGAGCGAUGCUGCUUUGACGCUUUCGCGUCAAUUAAUCUUUCCACGAUCCAAUUAUUCAAUUACCGUCUAAAGCAAUUGACGAUAAUUAACAUAACGUCAGAGGAACGCACAAGGAAUCGAAGGCAUCCCAAUCUCGCCGUUGGUUCGCGUAACCAAAGUCGUCUAUGCUCACAAUCAGAUUAAUCAAUACUCAUUGCUAGUAUCAUAUUUGGAGUUGUUAUGAGAAAUGUGGAAAUGUGCGCCACGCGACGCGACGCGAGGAUACGCAUUGCAUAUACGACUCACCACUUGCGAUUGCUAAUUGCUUACGGUUGCGGUUACCAAUUAAAUUGCUUAAUAAAUGUGGAAAUCGUUUUGGUGCCCAAAUCUUUAGACUUGUUCUUGAAAUUGAUCAAUCGUCGCGUAAUCGGAUCGCGCGAUUAAAUCAAUAAACCACCUUUCGAAAAUCUAGAUUUACCAAAAUAACGAAGAUAGUUUUUUCCGCGAUAAUAAAAGUAAAUAAAUUAAAAUAUAAUAAACAAUUUCGGAAAGCUGGAUAUUUUAUAAAUAAAAAUUAGGAAAUAAAUCUCUGAUUGCGAUUCAUUCUUCCACGAUUUUUAGAAAGUAAACGAACUUGAUGACUACGAUGCAACAGUUUUCAUUUAGAUAUUAUAAAAUUUACUAUGACAAGUUUUUUAUUUUAUUUAUAUUAAUUUUAAAUUUUACUUAUAGCCAGUGAAAAUGAUUUUGAGUUAACGUAGACUAUGUGUGGGCAUGUAACGUAUACAUACGUUAAUCCGUUCUUUCGUCAUGCAUAGUAACAUGCAAAAAGUAAUACGAGUCAUGUAUAUAUACGUAUUCGUAUGUACAUACAUACGUCACUUUUCGGAGCGUCACUUUUGACAUUUUCUCUGAUCGAGAUAUCUUGAUCGACUCACGCGUCACGCGUGCGACAAAUUUGUCAUUAAGAUUCCUCAACGUAUCAUAAAAUGAGACACCGCUUACAGAUAUAGUAAUGUAAAGUUGAUAUUACCAAGCUAACGAAUCCAAAGUGACGUAGAUAAGAAAAUAGUCAAAAUAGAGCGAAUGCCGAUUGCCGACACCUGACCUGAAAUGAGUGCGCGAUGACCGCGACAGAAAUCGAACGCGCACACUUUCUAUAUGCUGCAGCUGAGCUGUAAGCCCGGUAGGCGGUUAAGCGAAAGUGUAACGGCUAACGGCACUUGGAGUAAGGCAUACAUUCAUCAGGUUUCAAGUUUCAAGCGAUAUCGCUUUUAAGGUCGUUUAUCGAACAGUGAAUGUGAUGGGUCACGUCAUUCGUAAGUCGAGUCAUUCGACUUAUUGUUAUUGUUAGUAAGAAAGAAUUAACAAUCGUCUUAAACGUCACUAAACAGCACUAUGCAUUAGACACUAACAAAUCUAACGAUAAGGAUUAGAAGAGGUGGAGACAGAGGCUGAUCGGCUGAAGGAGUCAAUCGCUUUCAAUAUCCAUUUCCAAAUUAAAUAACUUUGAUCUUACAAUAAUACUAUAAAUCUUAAAUACCUAUAUGCCCUGCUUUUAUGUAUCUUAUACAUGAAGAUAAAUACUAAUAAAAUAGUUUCUUCUCUUAUUUUUUAUAUCUUGUCUUGUCUUAUCUCUUUAUUUAUCUUUUUCAUACAUUUAUAUUUAUAUUUAUACGGAAGAACAUAUAAAAUAUAAAGACGGUUUUGCGAAAGAUUUUCGUUUCUCUAAAUCUUUUCGUCAUUUUGUUUUUUACUUGUUCGCUUUUGGCGGCUCCGGUUGAACUCUCAUUAGUCAUUGCCCUCUUCAUGGCUGACCCGUCCCAUUGAUCCCGUCGAUCUCGACUAUUGAAUCUAUUGAUCGACGACUCGAGAUUGAAUUUAAAUCUUUCUCUCUCCAGCGACGAGCAACAACAACGAGGAUUCCUUCUUUUCGUAUGUAUGAUCGAUAAUCUUUUACUGUUUACACGAUGCGUGCAUUCUCUAUUCCCAAUCUAUCUCUCGAGUGAGGGAAAAUUAUGACAGUCAAGUGAUAAGACAUCGCCAAGGUUGUUGGCGAACAAUUCUCGUUGUUGCGUCCAUUUGUCCAUUACCUGUUAUCGCUUAAUCACCAACGAACGAUACAACAGUAGUCCGAUAGCCGGCUAAAAAUAUUUGUCGUGAAUCACGCUGUGGAACAUAAUACAAUUGUAACGAGACUUUUGUUUUUGUUCUUUUCAACUUUUCAUUCAACCAUUAAGCAUUUACAUUUAGAUUUAGAAAGACCAAACAACGACAUUUAUUCUCUUUUUCAGAACCAGAUAAAUUAAAAUAUUUAUAGAAUUAAAUAUUAAUAAGAUGAGAGAAUGAAAAUGUUAAUAAUAUAUAGGUAAGGAAUGAAGAAUAAUCUUCAAUCCUUGAAAGCAAACUCGAUUACUCGAUUACAGAAGCAAAAGCUCCGCGCCUCCAUGUACAGAUAAAACUUGUGCGAAUUCGCCAAUACGAUAACUUGCGUGACAUUAGACAUUAUCCAUAGACAUGUUAUCAGUCAAUGUCGAAUCGAGUUUUCUAUUUUGCAGCUAUACCGUAUCCUGUCAUGGCACCUGUCCCUGAUUGAGAGAUUUAAUCUAUCAAAUGUUCUUCUUGCAACUUAAUCUUAUAUCUCGACAAGAAAUAAAAGAAAAAAAGAUGUAUACGUAACUCUUAUUACUCUUAUUACACACAAAACGUAUUAUUUUAAUUAAUCUCAUUGUCUCAGUGCAACAAAGAUUUAACUUGAAAUCUUCUCCGCUAUCUCAAAGACAUGGUGCAUCGCGACAGAGAUCAGAAGCUAGACGCAUCCUAACUAAGGUAUGCGCCUAUAUAGCUUCUGAUCUCUCGGAACGAGAGACUGCUUUAUACUCUUUAUAGACACAGACAGGUAGCAACUAGCAUGUAGGAAAUACCACGACUUUAUUAGUGGUAUGUCAAUAAAAAAAUUGUUACCAAGUUCUCUCGAUGGCGAGAGACCUUGAAAAGAGCGUGCCGCUCGAAAGCUCUCAACUUUGAUCUCGAUCGAAUAGUUGGAGGUACGUCUCCGCGGACUCCGAGGCCAACUCCGAGGACGACAACCCCAAUGCUUGUGGUGCAAAUGGCUGGACCAGCCAAACGUUGCAAUGGAAAGAGGUGAUGAAGAAAGCUUCGUGAUCUCGAGACCGAUGGCCGAGUAGGCCUGACAGAAUUGGAUAGAAGAUUGCGGAUUUUUUGGAAGCGAAAACGGACGGACGCAGCGCACGCUAGGUAGACAGGCGAGUAAACAAGUAGACGAGUAGACGACGACCGACGGGCGACCGGCGACGACGACGACGUGGAGGAACAUUACGGCUUACGGCUGCCAGUGCCGUGUAGCGUGGCUGGGAAAACCCAGGGUAUAUGUACGGCGUAUUAAUAGCCAAGUAUAGAGCAGUGGUGGGGCCGCGGUUGCUCGCGGGUGAAAAUAGAAAAGAAUGUUUUUGGAAUCCAAUUGGACUUGGUUGGCAGAACGAUGGGGCAAUAUGGCCGACUUGGCCGAGCGGGUGGACGAUCUGAUAUGCAGUUUCGACUCGACUGGUGAAACGACCAUGGAUACCCUGUCGAUGCUGAUAUUCGGCUGGAUGUUGUUCGGUCUGGUGGUGUUGUGCGUUGGCAAAUACGUGUACAAUCGUUUUGUACUAAACGAGCUCACCGCCACCACUGCUGCUGCCGCCGCCGCCGCCGCCGCCGUCGCCUCAUCAUCAUUGUCGUCAUCGUCGUCGUCGUCGUCGUCGCUGCAGCUCGGCAAGGAUGGUCAUGCCCGUCACGAUGAGAGUGUCGUGACGACGGGUGCCGCUGGUACCAUCAUUGGAAAACUGUUCGACAAAUCGAAAUCGGUGUCACCGUCCUCGUCAUCGCUCGCGAGGGCUGGUACCGGUGGUGCAGGUGGCGGCGGUGGUACCGUUAGUGGCGGCGGCGGUGGUGCCGUUAGCGCUACUGGUGGUGGUAGUAGUGGUGGUGGUGGUGGUGGUGGCGGUGGUGGUGGUGCCGGUGCCAGUGCCGGUAUGGUAGCAGGUGCGAGAUCACCAUCACCGGGAGGUUACGUGCCGCCCACGCCGCCGAUCAGGAAACGUCUGACCCGGAAGACCUCCGGUGCCCUCAUCAGCCCGUCUCGAAGUUCUCGAGCUCUGCAUCUCCCGACCGCGACUGGCGCGGAUGCCGAGGCCGUGCGUUGGGUCAACGAACUGAUCGUGUGGCUUCAUCACGACCUCGUCAUCCUCAACGAGCUCUUGGCCACUUGGGUAGUUUCUCUCAACGAUUUCACCGCUGGCUCUACCGACGAGCACGGAGUCGGCGUCGAAUUUGUUCGCGUACUUCCAGAGACUUAUCCGCCAACCUUGUCAAAUAUUUUCUGCGAAUGCGAUUCGAAGGACGAUGUGACUAUCACAUGCGAUUGCGAGGCUACUCCAGCUUUGCAACUGAAAGCAUUUCGGCAACGAGGGGAUAAGGUGGAGGUUAAUCACUAUCGGGUCAAUGUCAAUCGUUUCCGCGCUCGCCUCAACGUCGUCUGCAUCACCGAGAAGCUGCUGAUCGAUUUGAAAUGCGACGGCUGGCCGGAGGUGAAGAUCUCUCUGGCAGCGGUGGGCACAAUAAAGAAAGACUUGGAUGAAAGCCAGUUGCAAGAAGUGGUGUCGGAAAUUGUAGUGGGUGCCUUGCGAGGCAUCAACGUUCACCUCAAUCUUUCUCAAUAUCCCACGUGUCCUCGAUUAUGGAGAGAGCCGCCUUCUCAGCCAGGCUUCUCAUAUCCUAUACAUUACGACGGUGUAAACGCCUCGAAUUCGAUGGUUCCGCAGCCACCGCAUCAACGCCUUCAAGGACAUACCGCACCCUCGUCAGCACCAAUACAAUAUAUGCCUGGCGAGAGACGUUUGCUCGUGAAGGUUGUGAGGGCUAUCGACCUCGGUGGUCAGCAAGGAGCCGUGGAGCCUUACUGCGUCGUGGAGUUGGAUGAACCCCCGCAAAAGAAUCAAACCUCUAUAAAGAGAGAUACCAAAAAUCCGCUAUGGGAUGAAGCGUUUUUAUUCGACAUAAGCCACAACACGAGCGAGGUGUUAUUAGAGGUGUUCGAUCGUGUCAACAAAAGUCAACGAUUCUUGGGGCUAGGAAUCGUAGGUGUCGAGGAACUCCUCGCAAAUCCGAGCCAGCGGCAGAUCAUACCUCUUCAGGCACGACCAUACGAGGAAGAUGACAUUACAGGCACUCUCACGGUGGAGUUUCUGUUCAUCGAGGGUGCGGAAGUGCCACAAAUUGGGACCAAGCCUUAUAAAGUCAAGGAGACGAUAAAGCCAGUCUCGCCGACCCGUUCCUACAGCCAAACAAAUGUCAUCAGCAGCAAUAGUCUGAACUACAACAACGGUAACAGUACACUUAUCUUGUACGACUCUGCCGCACAGUCGGAAGGGGACUACUUAACGAAUGGCAACGUUGUGGAUUCACCAUAUAAAAGCGGGCAAACAAAUGGUAACAAGGGGACGUUGAUCGUACACAGUCACCAAAGGCAACCGGAGCGACAGAUUGUAAAGGUCACUCUGAUGGAGAAUGGAAACUGGCAAGAGAUAUUCCCGGAGCACGGAGCAAAAGAUGUCAAUGCUAUUUCGGGACCAGAAACCACGCCUAAUUCCUCCAAUUCAGAAGAGAGAGGAAGAACACGAAGAAAACGACGCGAUUUCUUUGGUACCAUAAAGAAGCGACUGAGUCGAUCCAAGACGAGAAGUAGAUCAGUGGGUCCUGAAGGAGAGAUCAAUCAUGAAGAUGCUCAUUCGAGAUCCAUAUCCGCCGACAGAGCUCGCGAUCCUGGCUCUGCUCAUUUAUCGGUACCAGAACAAUCGAGACGAUCGAGUUUGAGCGAAGCCUCGGGUAUAAGCGGAACAUCCACGAGAACGUACGUCAACGAAGCUUCCACGCUCGUUCUUGAGACUCUGGAGAACGGUAUUAAGAAACACUACCUCGUACCACUUUCCCUCGCGCAGAAAAGUAAAUGGAGGAAAAAGGGGACAAAGUUGCACAUAUUUAACGAUCAUACGUUUAUCGCCAAACACAUGGCGGGAGGAACAGUUUGCGAGGUGUGUAAAAGAACCCUCGCACGAAGGCUCGGUAAGCAAGGCUACGAAUGCAGAGACUGUCAGAUGAAGUGUCACAAACAUUGUCAUGUGAAAGUCGACACGACGUGUCCCACAUCCACUAUCCAAAGCAUCGAGUUGUCCUUACUGCCAGUACUGAGCGAAUAGGAUAGGAUGUGCGUCAAGAUUCCGCCACUCGAACGAAAGCCUUCUAUGCUUCUGUGUUCGCGAUAACUGUGUUCGCGGACACGCGUGUUACACGCGCGAUUACAUUUUGGACAUGCGACUUAUUUUUUAAAAUAGACAAAAUAAGACAACGAUGAUUGUAAUCCAUUUCUAAAAGUUUCAUGCCUUUCACAUUUUAGUUCUUCCAUUUCCGAGACGAGGAGAUAAUUUAAGCUACGAUAUAUUCUGCAACGUCAUUAUUCUGCAAAUACAUCAGUUGUUUUACACAAAAAGAUGGAACGUUUACAUUCACACGAACGGAAUUAGAUCUUAAUGCAAAAAAAGUUUGAAUUGAACUUAAUUUAAUUAGGACAUGUCCUACAAUUUAUUAUCUUGUAAAAUUAUUAUUUUGUAAAAAGUAAGUAAAUUACAAACGUGUUAAGAAAAGAUAAGUAUUUAUUCUGCAAAAUUAAAAUUCUCUUAUAUCUUUAGAGUACAAGAGUCAAAUUUUGCAGAAUUAAUUACCAUUUCUACUGUGCUUUAAUUCAGUGAUCUUUUGCAUUGAUCGUCACGUCUUCUAUACGUAAUAGUAAUGAAGCCGAUCUCGAAAUCAGAUUUUGAAAAACACGCCAUCGUAUCUAAUACGCAUAAAACUUACGAAACACUUUCGUCAUCUCUUUCUCUCUCUCUCUCUCUCUCUCUCUCUCUCUCUCUCUCUCUCUCUCUCUCUCUCUCUCUCUCGAUCAUCAUAUAUAAAAGCGUAUUCUGCAAACAAUGGAUGAAUUGAAACUCUUGUUUGCAGGAUGCGCGUCAUGCGGCGGUAUGUGGCGUGUAAAAUUUACCAAUGACUGCGUAAAUUAAUUAAUAAAAUAACGAUAUUAAUGAUAAACAGUAAAAAUAUAAUCACGAUAACAAUCCUUCUGAUAGUAAUAACUAUGAGAAUAACAUUAGUCGUAAUAACAGUAGCGGAAACGGUAUAGCGAAAAAUGGCAAAAAUGCAUCAGGUUAUUACAGUCAACUCUUCUACAUUUGUUUAACUUUCACUUACAUUUAGCACAAACAUUUUUUAUCCGUAUCUGUAUAAUUUUGCCUUCAUGCAAAAACGCGUGUUUACGCGAUUUACGCAUUAUCAGAAAACGACGAGGCUGUAUUAUUUUGGAUUAUCGCGUUCACGCGACGAUGAAAGUCAAGUCAUCUUAAUAAAAAUUCUAUCGAAUGUACGUAGAUAAAUGCGAAUAUACAUUGCAGAUCCAAGUACAUAUUUGAAUACAUAAGUAAGAGUCUAUGGUGUAAUUUAACGAGUGGUGUUAGAAAUUUUUCUUUCCAAGAAAUAUAUCCAAUACCAGCUUACGGUAUAACAACGAUAUAUAUUUUUUACACAUUUAUUCAUAUAAGAAAAGGUAAAGCUAGCCAACUCUUUUAAAAUAUUUUAUGAAUAUAUCAAGAUUUACUCGAUUAUUAAUAACACAUUAUUUGCAAUCUAUUGUAAAUAAUAUUCAAAUUCUUUCCAUUUUAAUGCAUUUUUAAAAAUUAUUAAUAUAAUUGCAAGAUGUGAGGAAACCUGGGUAAUUGGACGUGAAAAAUAUAUAUGGUAAAUCCAUAUGUAUAAACAAUACAUAUGUAUAUAAAUCUUUAGAGUCUCAACAAUUUUCUAUUACUUAUAUACAAAUUAAGAGAAAAAAAUAACGUAAGACGCACCAGAAAAACAUUAAAUUACUAUGAUGAGUUAUAUGCUUAGAUUUAUAUAUCUCUCUAUAACGAACAUCGUCGGAGUACAAAAUGCAAUCAAAAUGCAAACAGAAUUAAAUCAACGUGAAGCUUAAGCACUUUAACGAUAUAUCGAUAUACAUAUAUUAUAUAGCGAUGUAUUUACACAUAGAAAUGUGAUCUUAUUGUUAGAAACUAAUUUUUGGCAAAAAGUUUAACGAGAUGAAAGCAAACAUGAAUUAUUUCCUUUAUUGUGUAUUUUUGUAUUUAACAUUCUAAACAAUGUACACGCAGCGUCGCAAUUUCACUGACAAUGUUCUGUGUAAUCACAACUAAUUGCUAGCAAACCCCACUGACGAGUUUCGUAGUCAGGGAACGAAUGGUGCUAAAUAGAAAGCGGCAAUUAUAUACAAAUGCGAUCAUAUCGCGUCGAUCGUUAAUUUGUUAAUCUCCAAUACGCAUAUACGCAUACGCAUACAAUAUAGGUACAUACAUCGAAAAAUACGCAUAAAAUAAUCAUAUUAUAUAAAUCGAAUCGAAUUCGAAUUCAAUUUUUCCUGUAUAUACUGUAAACAGAUUUAUGAUGACGAGACACUCCGUUUCACGCGCGAGUUGUAUCCACGGGCGAGUACAACUUUUUGAGUUUAGAAUGGGAGAAGUACAGAGAGUUAAGUAACUCUAUACACAUCUACUGCAUUUAUUAAAAAUUUUUAUUCGGAGAAUUAAUAUUGAAGAUAUAUCUAAUAUAACAUAAUUAUUUAACACAUGACA